UUCAAGAGUGAAGACUCAUGCGACAGCAGAAGUAUCUCAGACACUUUUCACUUUUGAACAUGAUGCACCUACACUGGCUUAUGUUUUUGCUGAUCUUGUUGGGGUGGGUGUUUGAUGCUCAAGUGACGGGUGCUCAAAACUGCAGUGAUGUUGAAUAUGCUGAAGCUAGAAAGCGUCUAUUUGAACAUCUCGGCAUGGACAAGAAUGACGCUCAGAAAACCAGAAUGUGGCCCUUGACAUUCGGCAAUAAUGGCUCAUCUAACCCUGCUGACAUUUACAUGGACCUGUAUGUGACCUCCAUCAUAAAAGUGGAUGAAAAAGCCCAGAGUCUCACAACACAGGUCCAGAUACGAACAGCUUGGCCAAUUGGGGAUUUGGAGUGGGAAGAAAAGAAGUUUUGUGGAAUUGACAAAUUUGCAGCCCCCAAAGAUAUGUUUUGGACUCCGGAUAUUGGUAUAGUGGAAAGCCUCAAGACAGAUUUUGGAACAAAGGAUUUUCCAAAUGUGGUGUUGUUCGAUAUCGGCUUUACAUUCUCAGUUGACAUUUUAUCUCUGACCACGGCCUGUAAGAUGGAUCUACACAUGUUUCCCUUCGACUCCCAAAGCUGCAAAAUAACAUUUCAGUCUACAUCAUAUUCAACGCAGGACAUUACAAUUAACCCACUCUCUGAAAAAGAUUUCAUCACCGUUACAUCACAGGAGCUUUUUCUGGCCCAGGGAGAGUGGGACCUCAUCAAUAUAACUUACUCUAGCUCUACCUACACUGAGUGGAUUGAAAUGGAUCAGCUGAUAUAUCAGAUUGACAUAAAAAGGAGACCUCUACUGUAUGUCAUAAACAUUAUAGUACCGGUAUUUUUCUUCCUCAUUCUGGAUGUGGCCUCCUUCUUUAUUGUCAAAAAUGGAUAUGACAAGUUGGGCUUUAAAGUGACUUUACUGCUGUCUAUUUCUGUGAUGCUGCUGAUUCUUAGUAACACACUGCCCUCUACGGCUGACAGAAUCCCUCUGAUUGGAGUUUACUGCUGUGCGGUUUUCUGUCUGAUUGGCAUAAGCCUUUUGGAGACCAUCUUUGUGAAUUAUCUGAAGGCUGAAACAGCUAAUAGGGGAUCAGUGGAAACAACAUCUACUGUUAGUGGCCAAGAUGGUGGUGUAAGAGACCCGCAGAACCCUGGAGCUACAGCUACAGAUCCUCAGAUCAUCAGUAUGUGUAAUGCUGCAACUCAACGAAAACCACAACAGAAGACAUGUCUGUACUGGACCAGAGUGGCAAGAACCAUAGAUGUGACCUUCUUCGUUCUUUACAUAAUCACUAUUAUUUUCUUUCUGUCUGUGCUUGGGAAGCUUUGGAUUCCAUAGUGAUGUCUUGUACUUGAGAUCACACAAUACAUUGUAAUAUAAAAAGUUAUAUAUAUAUAUAUAUAUAAAGUUUAUAUUGUAUAUAAAGUUUAUAUUGAGUUAAAUACACAAUAACUCAUGGGAAAAAACAAAGAUUCAGACAGGAUCUCAAGUGAAAAAAAGAAGAUCCCUCUUGCAAAUAUACACUGCAAGUACAAAUGCCUAAAUAAUGUAAUGAGAUCGAUGCUCUAAUUAUAUCAUUUUGGAUUUAGAAAAUUGAAAUGUUGAGAAAAAUUAAAUGAUACUAUUGUAACACCUCCCUUUCUUUUUCGGUGUUACUCUGAGGAGGUUCAACAGAAUUUCGACUGGUACUGAAAUAAAACCACUUCACUAUACAAAUAUAAUUUUUUUCUAUUUUAUUUCACGCGUGCCUAUAAUUGCCCCCAACAAUAAACAAUAUAAAAAAAACAACAGUCUUUGUCUCUAUGUAAAUGAGACCAUAAUAU